AUGGACUGGAAGACAUUCCAAGCCCUCCUGAGUGGGGUGAACAAAUAUUCCACAGCUUUUGGGCGCAUAUGGCUCUCUGUGGUGUUUGUAUUCCGAGUGAUGGUGUACGUAGUGGCGGCCGAGCGGGUGUGGGGUGACGAGCAGAAAGACUUUGACUGCAACACCAAGCAGCCUGGAUGCUCCAACGUCUGCUACGAUCACUUCUUCCCCAUCUCCCACAUCCGUCUGUGGGCAUUGCAGUUGAUCUUCAUCACCUGCCCGUCCUUCAUGGUCGUCAUGCACGUGGCCUACCGGGAUGACCGCGAGCGCAAACACAAGGCCAAGCACGGUGAGAGCACCAAGCUGUACCAGAACACAGCCAAGAAGCACGGCGGUCUGUGGUGGACCUACCUAAUCAGCCUCUUUGUCAAAACGGGCAUCGAGGUGGUCUUCCUCUACCUUCUCCACCACGUCUACGACAGCUUCUACCUGCCCAGGCUGGUCAAGUGUCAGGUGUUGCCUUGUCCCAAUGUUGUAGACUGCUACAUUGGCCACCCUACUGAGAAGAAAGUGUUCACCUACUUCAUGGUGGGCGCUUCUGCGCUUUGCAUUGUCCUCAACAUCUGUGAGAUCAUAUACCUCAUCUCCAAGCGAAUCGUAAGAAUUGCCAACAAGGUGAAGCGGCGUAAACAAAACCUCCCCGUGCCCCAGGACGACUACAUGGACGACCUCUUUAACAACUGCAACCAGCCUCCUGCCAAGGUGGACCUGGAGGAUAAGCCUCCGUCCUUCAAAUCCGCAAACAGGCCAGAGUACAGAUUUUCCACACUGAAGCUUGAAGACAAGAUUCGGGCCUCAGCUCCAAAUCUGUCUACUCCUUGUUGA